AUGGUAGCCAAGGAAAUUUACGUUGCAGUGAUUGGUGCUGGUGGUGUAGGAAAAUGCUUUCUAUCUCAACUUGAGGCUCUUUCUCAACGAUUUACCUCAUCCAAAAUAUCCCUCAUCUUCGUUUCAAGAAGCAAGAAAGUUCUCUACAGCCCAAAAUACACUCCUCUUUCAUACUCCAACCUCUCAAAUACCCUCGCAGACUCCACACAAGAACCACUCUCUUUGCCAAAGAUCAUUGAAUACUUAGCAGCUGCCCCUGCAAAGGUCGUCCUUGUCGACAACACAAGUUCGCAAGAUGUCGCAGAUGCAUAUCCACAAGUUUUGUCCAAAGGAAUCUCAAUAGUCACUCCCAACAAAAAGGCGUUUUCUGGAUCAUAUAAAUUGUGGCAGGAUAUCUUCUCCGCAGCUUCGUCAUCUGGUGCUAAGGUGUAUCAUGAGAGUUCAGUCGGUGCUGGAUUACCAGUUAUCUCUACUCUGAAGGAAUUGGUCGACACAGGCGAUUCCGUAACUAAGAUCGAAGGUGUUUUCAGCGGCACCAUGUCCUUCCUGUUUAACUCAUUCGCUCCAACCGAAGGUUCAGGAGGAAAGUGGUCUUCCGAGGUCGCUAAAGCAAAGAAGUUGGGUUAUACUGAGCCAGAUCCAAGAGACGAUUUGAACGGUCUGGAUGUCGCCAGAAAGCUGACAAUUUUGGCAAGAUUGGCAGGUCUUGAGGUUGAAUCUCCAACUUCAUUUCCAGUCCAAAGCUUGAUCCCCAAGGAAUUGGAGAGCGUUUCAAGUGGAGAUGAAUUCCUUCAAAAGUUGCCAGAAUUUGAUUCCCAGAUGGAGGAAACAAAGGCUGCCGCCGAGAAGGAGGGUAAGGUUGUGAGAUUCGUUGGAAGUAUCGAUGUCGCAAAGAAGGAAGUGAAAGUGGGUUUGGAGAAAUUCGACAAAUCUCACCCAAUUGCCGCCCUCAAGGGAAGUGAUAACAUCAUCAGCUUCUACACGAAGCGCUAUGGAUCCAAUCCUUUAAUCAUUCAGGGAGCUGGUGCCGGAGGAGAUGUAACAGCAAUGGGUGUCACAGGUGAUCUCAUUAAGGUCCUCGAAAGAUUGUCUUGA